UCCGCGGCGCCGGAGGAGGAAGUGGUGAGGUUGUCGCUCCUUCUGCUCCCUUGGCUGGCUCCCGGCACCCGGCUCCCGGGACACGGAGAGGAGCCGCAGUCUCCGUCGCUGCUUUGCGCUGCCCUGCUGUUCUCCAUGUGCUUCGGCGCCGUCGCUCCCCUUCCUCAGGCCGCCUCUUACUCCGGGGUCUAUGGAAGUAAUGGAAGGACCCCUCAACCUGGCUCAUCAACAGAGCAGACGAGCAGAUCGUUUAUUAGCUGCAGGGAAAUACGAGGAGGCUAUUUCUUGUCACAAAAAGGCUACAGCGUAUCUUUCUGAAGCCAUGAAGCUGACACAGUCUGAGCAGGCUCAUUUAUCACUGGAACUGCAAAGGGACAGCCACAUGAAACAGCUCCUGCUUAUUCAGGAGCGGUGGAAGAGGGCCAAGCGGGAGGAAAGAUUGAAAGCCCAGCAGAGCACAGACAAGGAUGCCCCUGCCCAGCCUCAGGCAGUUCACAAACCCUUUACUGAGGAUGCUGAAGGCCAGGGCCUCCUCCCUCACAAGUAUAGCCCUUCCACAGAGAAACACCUGCCUGAAAUUCAGGGGAUCUUUGACAGGGAUCCAGACACACUGUUAUUUUUACUUCAGCAAAAGAGUGAGCCAACAGAACCAUGCAUUGGAAGCAAAGCCCCAAAAGACGAUAAAACAAUUAUAGAGGAGCAGGCAACCAAAAUUGCAGAUUUGAAGAGGCAUGUGGAAUUCCUUGUUGCUGAGAAUGAAAGAUUAAGGAAAGAAAAUAAACAACUAAAGGCCGAAAAGGCCAGACUUCUAAAAGGCCCAGUAGAAAAGGAGCUAGAUGUAGAUGCUGAUUUUGUAGAAAAGUCAGAGUUAUGGAGCUUGCCGCCACAUUCAGAAACUGCUACAGCCUCUUCAACCUGGCAGAAGUUUGCAGCAAAUACUGGGAAAGCCAAGGAUAUUCCAAUACCCAAUCUUCCUCCCUUGGAUUUUCCAUCUCCAGAACUUCCCCUUAUGGAACUCUCUGAGGAUAUUCUGAAAGGAUUUAUGAAUAAUUAAAAUGGAAGACCACAGAAGAAAUGAGAAGAGGAAAUAAUACAGUUAAUCCAGAAGGAAAAAAAAAAAGGGAAAACCACAUGCAAGGGUAAUCCCGGAGAGGCUUCAUCAUCUGGCAUACUGUGUAGAAGAGGCAUUGCCAGGACUUGGAAAACGGUCACUGUGAAAUAUGUCACAUAUCUGACUUACUGACUCGAGCUAAUGAUUCCAGACUUGGCAGACACUAAACUCUUGGAGGUUCACUUUCUCCUGAUACAAACCAAAUGGCUACCUGGAAUAAUUUUUUCAAGCAACAGUUUUUCUUAUCUUCAGGGUUAAAAUGUAUAAAAAAGUAUGUUAUGUGUAAUUAAUCUAUAAUGCCAUAAAUGAUAAUGCAAAACCUAAAUAAUAUGGUGACCUGAGGGGCUGCCUUAUAUUUGAAACAUGCUUUCUAUCAUGCAUUGACUGUACGCAUUUUGUUAUGCACAUUUCAUUUGUUUAAUAAGGUGUGUAACACACACCUUUCUAGAUAAAACUCUUGUGUGCCACACUUUGCACUACUCAUAACAUAAUGAUAACCUCAAGACUAUCAGGAGAAAUAUUUAAAUUUCCAUUUUAUGAAGAACCAAAUUAUUAGUUAUGCUUUUUUAAAGAAAAAUUACCAGUUUACAUAAUUAAUCAGGGUGCAUUUUAAGUUCUAACUUUUUUGUUUAUUGUAUAAUGCAUCAUUUGAAAAUACCAAGGAAAUAUCCUUUUGUUUUUAAUGAUGCAUGAGUGGAAGUAAUGCUAGUUGGCAGUAUUUGAUUGUAAGAAAUCAAUAAAGUAAUUGUGUUUUAUACCUUUGUUGAAUAUGGUUGGUACUUUAAAAAAGCAAGUUUUAUAUGGUUUCUGUGUUGUAAAUUUUGAAUAUGAAUUUGAAGAAAUCCUGUCAAAUGAUUACAUUGGUAUGUUAGAGAUUUUCUUCGGUGUUUUAUAGUCUGUUUCCCAUCUAACUAGGCUGAAAGAACAAAGAUUUCCUGAGGACUGAACAUGUUCUGAACCUUUUCCCUGACCUAGCACACAUGAAAAAUGGCAGCACAGCACUCAGGCUGGAGCUGCUGGGCCUGGGUACCUG